ACUGGUUGACGGUUACCAGUCUCUGAAGGGCAAAAUGGCUGCCUUGGCGAGAAUAACCACAGCCGGAGCCCUCCGUAUACCGGAGAGACUGGGCUCCAUGUAUAUGGUGAAGAGAGACAAGACAUCUUCAGCAAAUAUAACCAAUUACAAUCGUGGAACAGGAGGCAGGUCAUCGUUCAGUGGAUUGGUUGUAACUGUGUUUGGAGCAAAAGGAACUCUUGGACGUUUUAUUGUCAACAGAUUUGGAAGGAUAGGAAGCCAGGUGGUUGUUCCAUAUCGAGGUUGUCCUAGCGAUGUACGAGACUUGAAGCUAAUGGGCGACCUAGGACAAAUUCUUUUUAAUCCAUUUGAGUUGCGAGAUGAGGAAUCGGUGAGGCAGGUGUGCCAGUACUCCAAUAUCGUCAUCAACUGUAUCGGGAAAGAAUUUGAGACUCGCAACUACACCUAUGAUCAAGUACAUGUGGAGGGAGCUCGCACAAUUGCCAAGGUGGCUAAGCAGUGUGGAGUUGAAAGAUUGAUCCAUGUCUCCGCAUUGAAUGCCGGAAACCCUGGCUCAAAAUGGCACAAGUCCAAGCUUGCUGGUGAGGAAGCUGUGUUAUACGAGUUCCCAGAGGCGACAAUCUUUAGACCGGCCGACUUUGUUGAUGUGAAUGACAAGUUUUGCAACUAUUACAUGUCAAAUGCUAGAACAAUAACCAAGUUCCGGCCAUUCUACGGCCAGUCGAUCUUGAAAAACUACCUGCAUUUCCAUAACGGAGGACAUCAAAUCAAGAUGCCAGUUUUGAUCAGAAAUGUAGCUACAGGCAUAGUAAAUGCCAUCAAAGACCCAAGCACUUGCGGACAGAUUUACCAGUGUGUUGGUCCCCACGCCUACACUCUACGUGACCUGGUGACAUUUAUAUGGACAUGUGGGGAGUACAAAGGAUAUAUUAAAAACGAAUAUGGACAGCUAUACAUGAAGGCGUAUAUACGUGAGAAGAUGUACGAAAUGUUUGGAGUUCCUGUACCUAAGUUGACCCUUGAUAGACUGGCCAGGGAAACCAUAUCUGACCAGUUAGAUCCCUCUCUGCCAACUCUUGAAGACCUCGGAGUAACCCCGGAGAAUGUUGAAGACAAGAUCUUCUACAUUAUGCGAUUGUACGGUGAUCGGAAUGGUCCGUUCGGAGACCCUUUGCCCAUGCGAAUGCCUGUUACACCACAGAUACGUUUCAAAACAAAUGAAAUUGUCAUGGAAUAGUUUUGCUUUUAAAAUAAUUAGAGACAAAGUUGUGCAGGAGUUAUUUAAAUAUAUUAAUGAAUUCACCAAUGUGAGUUGUUGUUUUGUUUAAAAAGUGACAACCAGAAAAGCUAAUAGUUAAAAGUGAUAACUAAAAAUGUUUUUUGCUGUUACCGUUGUUAACUGAGAUGGGACAAUAGAAAGCAUGAAAUUAUUGAAUAAAGAGUGGGAUAUACACUUGGGAUUAUACAUUAUAAAAGAAUUGAUGUGACGUCUAUCUCAACAGUUGCAGUGAUACAUUGUGUAUAGUGGUUACUUUAAUGUACACAUACAUUGUAGAAAAAAACAUGUUGAAUAAAACUUGAUCUGUU